GGGGCGCCGGGCUCGCGAGUCGGAAGCCUGUGCACGGCCGGGGCCGAGGCGCACGGAGAGCGCGCAGCACUCGCUGCUGCAGCGGCGGCCGGGCUGCGGCGCAUCUGGGCGGGGAGCCGAGGCCAGUCCCACGCGGCUUCCCGGAGCCGCCGGCAGCGGCGCCCGCUCCGGAGAAGCAGAACAGCCCAGGGGCCCCCGCCGGCUGGCGUCGGCGGGGCGCGGAAGAUCGGCGGCGGCCACCUCAGAGUCGCCGCCCGCCCCGGCCGGGCGGGAUCCUGGAGCCGUCGAGCAUGGAGCCCUGGAAGCAGUGCGCUCAGUGGCUCAUCCACUGCAAAGUGCUGCCCGCCAACCACCGGGUGACCUGGGACUCGGCGCAGGUGUUCGACCUGGCACAGACCCUUCGCGAUGGAGUCCUGCUCUGUCAGCUGCUCAACAACCUGCGGGCACACUCCAUCAACCUAAAAGAGAUCAACCUGAGGCCGCAGAUGUCCCAGUUUCUCUGUCUGAAGAAUAUCCGGACAUUUCUGUCAGCCUGCUGUGAGACGUUUGGAAUGAGAAAAAGUGAACUUUUUGAGGCGUUUGACCUGUUUGAUGUUCGUGACUUUGGAAAGGUUAUAGAAACAUUAUCUCGGUUAUCCCGUACACCAAUAGCAUUGGCCACAGGAAUCAGGCCUUUCCCCACAGAAGAAAGCGUAAAUGAUGAAGACAUCUACAAAGGCCUUCCUGACUUAAUAGAUGAAACCCGUGUGGAGGAUGAAGAAGACCUCUAUGACUGUGUGUACGGGGAGGAUGACGGCGGAGAAGUCUACGAGGACUUGAUGAAGGCCGAGGAAGCUCAGCAACCUAAAUCCCAAGAAAAUGAUAUACGAAGUUGUUGCCUAGCAGAAAUUAAGCAGACAGAAGAAAAAUAUACAGAAACUCUGGAGUCAAUAGAAAAAUAUUUCAUGGCACCACUGAAGAGAUUUCUGACAACAGCAGAAUUUGACUCGGUAUUCAUCAAUAUCCCUGACCUUGUGAAAGUUCAUCGGAGCUUAAUGCAAGAGAUUCAUGAUUCCAUUGUAAAUAAAGAUGACCAGAACUUGUAUCAAGUUUUUAUUAACUACAAGGAAAGAUUGGUUAUUUAUGGACAGUACUGCAGUGGAGUGGAGUCGGCCAUCUCUAACUUAGACUACAUCGCCAAGACGAAAGAAGAUGUCAAAUUGAAGUUGGAGGAAUGUUCGAAAAGAGCAAAUAAUGGGAAAUUUACUCUUCGAGAUUUGCUGGUGGUUCCCAUGCAGCGUGUGCUGAAGUACCACCUUCUCCUCCAGGAACUGGUCAAACACACCCAUGAUCCAACCGAGAAGGCGAACCUGAAGUUGGCUCUGGAUGCAAUGAAGGACUUGGCACAAUAUGUGAAUGAAGUGAAAAGAGAUAAUGAGACCCUUCGUGAAAUUAAGCAGUUUCAGCUAUCUAUAGAAAAUUUGAACCAGCCAGUUUUGCUGUUUGGGCGACCUCAGGGAGAUGGUGAAAUCCGAAUAACCACACUGGACAAGCAUGCGAAGCAAGAAAGGCAUAUCUUCUUAUUUGACUUGGCAGUGAUUGUGUGCAAAAGGAAAGGGGAUAACUAUGAGAUGAAGGAAAUAAUAGAUCUGCAGCAUUACAAGAUAGCCAACAAUCCUACCACUGACAAAGAAAAUAAAAAGUGGUCUUAUGGCUUCUACCUCAUCCAUACCCAAGGACAAAAUGGGUUAGAAUUUUAUUGCAAAACAAAAGAUUUAAAGAAAAAGUGGCUGGAACAGUUUGAAAUGGCUUUAUCUAACAUAAGGCCAGACUUUGCAGACUCCAAUUUCCACGACUUCAAGAUGUACACCUUCACUCGGGUGACGUCCUGCAGAGUCUGCCAGAUGCUCCUGAGGGGAACAUUUUAUCAAGGCUAUUUAUGUUUUAAGUGUGGAGCAAAAGCACACAAAGAAUGUUUGGGAAGAGUAGACAAUUGUGGCAGAGUUAAUUCUGUUGAACAAGGGCCAUUCAAACCACCAGAGAAACGGACCAAUGGACUCCGGCGAGCUCCCAGACAGGUGGACCCAGGUUUGCCAAAGAUGCAGGUCAUUAGGAACUACACUGGGACCCCACCCCCAGCUCUUCAAGAAGGACCACCACUGCAUAUCCAGGCAGGAGACACUGUUGAACUUCUGAGAGGAGAUGCACACAGUGCGUUUUGGCAGGGACGGAAUUUAUCUUCAGGAGAGGUUGGAUUUUUCCCAAGUGAUGCUGUCAAACCAUCUCCAUGUGUACCUAAACCAGUAGAUUAUUCUUGCCAACCUUGGUAUGCUGGACCAAUGGAAAGAUUGCAGGCAGAAACGGAACUUAUUAACAGGGUGAAUAGUACUUAUCUUGUGAGGCACAGGACCAAGGAGUCUGGAGAAUAUGCAAUUAGCAUUAAGUACAAUAACGAAGCAAAACACAUCAAGAUUUUAACAAGAGAUGGCUUUUUUCACAUUGCAGAAAAUAGAAAAUUUAAAAGCUUAAUGGAACUUGUGGAGUACUACAAGCACCAUUCUCUUAAAGAAGGGUUCAGGACUUUAGAUACGACGCUACAGUUUCCAUACAAGGAGCCGGAACAUUCAGCCGGACAGAAGGGUAAUAGAGCAGGCAACAGCUUGCUAAGUCCCAAAGUACUGGGCAUUGCCAUCGCUCGGUAUGACUUCUGUGCAAGAGAUAUGCGGGAACUCUCCUUGUUGAAAGGGGACAUGGUGAAGAUUUACACCAAGAUGAGUGCAAAUGGCUGGUGGAGAGGAGAAGUCAACGGCAGGGUGGGCUGGUUUCCAUCCACAUACGUGGAAGAAGAUGAGUAAGGUCCAACCUGUACCAAAAUCUCCAAGAAGGGAUAACGAGAAGCCUGCACUGUGUUAUGAGUUAACUGAAGUAUUUAGAAAGCAGCAUUUCUGACUGUUCCACACCUCCUUUCUUUUUUUUCUCCUUAGUCUUAAUGCUGGGAUUUCUAAAGAUGCUGGUCCUGACAGAUUAAUGGCUUGCCUAGAGCAGUGCAAGAAACAGCCUGCCAGUCUGUCAUUGUCAGGGACCGGGGCAAAACCAAAAGCUUUUCUUCCCCAAAGAGCCCUGCAAAGACAUCAGGUCAGGGUUCUCUUACUUCAUUGGGUCAGGCACCAUGGAUGUCAGUCAUUAGGAAACGUUUCAUGCAUAUUUACUUUGUUCUUACAGUUUUUGAUGAUACAAAGAAACAGAAGUUUAAUUUUGCUUUUUUCCCAGCAUGAAGAAAAAGUAGAGUUCUGCCAUCUGGGAAUGAUCCAGCUUGCUGGAAAGAUCCAGCAUUUCUUGUCUUAAAUUGUUCAACAGGUGAAUCAUUGCUUGGCAAACACUUUUAUCCCCAGAUGUUACUUGCAAUCAAAUGAAAGCAGCUCAUGCUCAGGUUUGCAUCGUAAGUGAUAAAUUACAGAGGGAGUUUUAAUUAUUUAUUUGAUGUCCUGAUUGUAUUUCCACACUUCUUUACAAAGAAGAAAAAGAAAAGCACAUGAAAGGAAGUGUCUUUGUAUUAAAGCCUCACAACUUUCAUGAUUUCAUAGGGUGUUUUGGAAAUGUCAUGCUUGACAAAGGAAGCUUGGCUAGGCAGACCCUGCUUAGUUGCCAGGAAUCCCGGUGAGGUAGAGGUGUUUACAGAGACGUAGCUAGGGCUAUAAUCCAUAGGACAUCCUUGUAUAGCAGCAAUACUGUUAACACGAACCUUUUCCUUCCCCUUGGAAAGAUCCAGGGCAUGUUUUCUGAUUUCCAUUCUUUUUUUUUAUUUUUUUAAUAGUAGCACAAAAAAGCUUUAUUGAGAAUUUGGGAAGGGAAGACACCAGUACUCUCCUGGUGCCUCUUUUUUCCCUUCUGAAGCCAUUCUGGCUAUGUCUUAAUUGGUAGUGAGAUCCAUUUUGCUGUGUGUUUCUUUCACAAAGUCUUCACUGUGUUCUGUAAGGGGUCUAGGUAGCUGCCUCCUGAGAUGCAUGGAGUCCCUAUUUGAGGCAGUCAAGUUAAGAUGCAAACUUGGCCCUUCCAUGGUGGGUGGACUAUCUCUUUCAUAGCAGUGGCUGUGUUCUGACAAGAUUCAGAAAGUGUUCCUGGUUGGAGGAAAAAUAGAAGUAUUUUUUAUCUUAGACAUGAUCUAGAAGCUUCUUGUACCAGAUUUUUUGGUAACCUCUGACAUGAAAGGGCUGUGACAGCCUGUCCUUCCCCAGCUCGCAUGAGUGCCAGAACUUGUUCAAUGGAUACAUCUUCCUCCAAGAGACCCCUGUUAGCUGGGACUUCUCAUUUAAAUAGACUCAAGAUCUUUACCUCAGAGUAUGUAAACUGUGAUUGUGUUUUAGAACAAUUAAGCUUUUGUAUAUGUGUAAAUGGUCAUGAAAAUGUAUUUUAUAAAACAUAUGUACAGUCGACUUGUGCUGGCAAGGUCUACUCUUGGAAUGGAUUCCUACGCAGAAAGUCUUAUCUGAGUCCAGGGAUGUUUUGUCUGUCACUGUCAGGAAGUAUUGCUACAGAGAGUACAGCUUCCCACAGACAGAAAGGCUCCUGUGUACAGUGUUGUAGCAUGUAUUGUUUAUUUCAGUCAAUAGACUCCCUGCCUCACAAGUGGUAUGUGGUCUUCCUGUUGCAUUUCAUUGGCCUCAGAGUUUCAUAACAGAGGACAGAAGAGCCUCUUUUCAUGACAUUACCAAUGGCAACUUUGUCUACAUUUAGUACUUUGUAUUGGAGAUUUUAAAUGCCACAAUCUGUGUAGAUUUCUAAUACCAAAGACAGAAGUAAAUGUUUUCCAUGGACUUUGUCUUGCCUGUCUGUAGCCCCGGUAUAGUAUGGUGAAUUGGAAUGGUAUUUUACUUUGUAAUAUUUUGUAAAUAUGUCAAUAAAAUAGUUAAUACUUGCA